AGUUUUGACAUCACUCUGGGAAGACUGGUCCGUGGGGCCGAUGCAUGGGAGAUGAAUGUGGCCCAGGAGGCAUUCAAACCCGGGCUGUGUGGUGUGCUCAUGUGGAAGGCUGGACAACGUUACACACAAACUGUAAACAGGCCGAGAGACCCAGUAAUCAGCAAAACUGUUUCAAAGUGUGUGACUGGCACAAGGAGUUGUAUGACUGGAGGCUGGGACCCUGGAAUCACUGUCAGCCUGUGAUUUCCAAAAGCCUGGAGAAACCCCUUGAGUGCGUUAAGGGGGAGGAAGGCAUUCAGGUGAGAGAGAUAACAUGCAUCCAGAAAGAGAAAGACAUUCCAGCAGAGGAUAUCAUUUGUGAGUACUUUGAGCCCAAACCUCUCCUGGAACAGGCCUGUCUCAUCCCCUGCCAGCAAGACUGCAUCGUGUCUGAGUUUUCUGCCUGGUCAGAAUGCUCCAAGACGUGUGGCAGUGGGCUCCAGCACCGGACACGGCAUGUGGUAGCACCACCCCAGUUUGGAGGCUCCGGCUGCCCGAACUUGACAGAGUUUCAGGUGUGCCAGUCCAGCCCAUGUGAGGAUGAAGAGACCAUGUACAGCUUGCAUGUGGGGCCCUGGAGCUCGUGCUCAAUGCCUCACUCCAGACAAGUAAGACAGGCAAGGAGACGUGGGAAGAAUAAAGAACGGGAAAAGGACCGAGGAAAAGGAGUGAAGGAUCCAGAAGCCCGUGAACUUAUUAAGAAGAAAAGAAACAGGAACAGACAGAACCGACAAGAGAACAAAUAUUGGGAUAUCCAGAUUGGAUAUCAGACCAGAGAGGUUACGUGUACUAACAAGACGGGGAAGGCUGCCAAUUUGAGCUUCUGCCGACAAGAGAAGCUGCCAAUGACCUUCCAGUCCUGUGUGAUCACCAAAGAGUGCCAGGUGUCAGAGUGGUCAGAAUGGAGUCCCUGCUCAAACACGUGCCGUGAUGUGGCAUCCCCAAAAGGCACUCGUGUCAGGACACGGAUCAUUAGGCAGUUUCCUAUUGGCAGUGAGAAGGAGUGUCCAGAACUUGAAGAAAGAGAACCCUGUGCAUCUCAAGGAGACACAGUUGUCCCCUGUGCCACGUAUGGCUGGAGGACUACAGAGUGGACUGAGUGCCGGGUGGACCCUUUGCUCAGUCAGCAGGACAAGAGGCGGGGCAACCAGACUGCCCUCUGCGGAGGAGGGGUGCAGAUGCGAGAGGUAUACUGCGUGCAGACCAAUGAAAACCUCCUCUCGCACUUAAACACCCACAAGGACAGAGAAGAAAGUAAAUAUCAGAGUACGUCGAAGUCUAGUGCUGCACCUUUCCUAUCCAUCACUUUUGAAAUAACAGGUAGGUGAGAACAUUUUACAUGCC